UGAAGGAGCCAGUGAAUGGAAGAUGAUUUAUGGAAGAAAAUAGAUUUCCUGGCAACCGCGCGAGAUAUCCAGCAGAGGCGCGGGCCACGGAGCGAGUCAGUCUCGGAGCAACUACUGAACACACGCGCACCUGCUUGCAAACCCGCUCUCCAAGUCACGCUCUCCUGCUCAAAACAGGCUUUCAACAUGAUGACGCGGGCGCUUCUGCUGCUGGCUGUGGUGGCCUUGGCGGCGGCGGGACCCAUGAAGCUGUACGAAAAGACAGAAGCCGAGAAGUUCCAGAAAGUGCUCGUGCCUGUGUCUUCCACGGUGAUUCCCCUGGACGACCUCCCCGUCUACAAGGUGGGCGUCGGGUUCGGCCUCGCCACGCCCGCCCCUGGCAAGUUCAAGCCCGAGGGCGGCACCAAGCUGAUUACCAUCCACAGCGUCAAGAACAAGGCCAAGAAACCGAAGGAGUCCAACGCCGCCCUGAUUGAGGAGGUGACGAAGGAGGAAUACGAGAAACUCACCGCCCAGUAAAACCACCAAAGAACCCAUUAACACAACCCAAUAAUCCCAGAAUUAAAAAUAAAACCUUACCGAUGUAGCGCAAGAUUAAUAGAUCCAGUAUUCUACCAGGCAUUUUUUAAGUCAAAUACAGGGUUUAAAAAACAAAUAAAAACAAACAAAACGAGGAAAGAAAGUGAGAGAAAGUCGUGACGGAAGCUUUCCGAAGGGCGUCGUGGCGGGGUGCAGCACCUCCCUCGGGCCGACGGGGUCCAAACGGGGCAAGAAGGGAACUAACGCCUACUCUACGUUAUCGGCAGCGAGGCUAUCUAUACCUGCACCCUGCUACAGGUCGGCGGUGUUGGGCUGGCUCUCCUUCAGGCCGACUCACACCGCGGUAAAUUCUCCGGGAUUUGGGCUUCAGGGGAACAAAAAAUUCUAAUACUCGUUGGGAGACUUUUACUUCAAAGCCUCUUUAUCGAUUCGAUAAGCCUUGCACUUAACCAAACUAGAGCAGAAUGUCGUGUUUCGUGUUCAUAUUUACCUGAAUGUACAGAAAGUAUUAAAAAAUAAAUAAAAUAAACAGAAAGGUUCUCAUUCUGUUAAACAGCUUGAUAAUACGCAACCGAAUUCACGUUUCACCUUUCUAAAGGAAACAGAUAAAAGCUUUACGAAACCUGUGCCAUUAUGAGAAACUUUGCUGUGAUCAAAAAUUUUAUACGAAAUACUAUUUUCCCACUAAUAAACCUAGGAAAUUG